AUGCUUAUCACUGCGCCUGUCCGCACCGCGCUCUCCACGCCACUCUGCUCGACACGCUGUGUGCUGCCGGUGGGUGCUGUUGACCUUGUUUAGCCUUAGCUGCAAUUUCAUGAUGACAAUUUCUUUCCCCAAAUGAAGUGUGAUUAACUUGAUUCCCUGAAGUUUUGUAUCUUACAGCAAGCCAUUGCCCAUACUCCCUGCUAACUCCAGUUAAUUCCGAUUUCAGUUUGGUCGGAACUUCGCCCAUCUUCGCGUGUUGGUCGCCGAACGAAGUUUGCCUUUAGGGGAACGUGCUAGUCGCGCCCUCACAGUUUCCUGGCCUAGGAACUCGUCCGUGGUCUGCGGUAAGCAUUCGCUGAUGACAUCUAACACCAAAUCCAAUGAGUUGUGAUUUCUGCAUCACCAACUGAAUCCUAUGUAACUCCCACACUCUUUGUCGUUUCAGGAAUCGUGAACAACCGGCGUACAUUCACGGGUGACUAG